CAUCCAACGGGGCCGGCCAAGCUUAGCUCUCCCCGUGCCCAGGUUGUUCCUCCAACAGUCCCCCGCCGCCGGAACCGCUCCUGGUCUCCUUGGCUGGCCUAUCUCGAAGUCCAACUGUGUACAGAGCCAAUAAGGAAACCGGGAAGAACACUUUCAAUCUACAGGGAUCCACGGAUGCCAAAUCUGCCUCCUAACCCCACCCCCCAACCCCGACUAACUUUUGGGCGGAAGUGAACUGAGAAGCGGCCCGCACAGGGCCGGAAGUGGAAGAGCAGGGCGGAACUGAAGGAGGAAGCGGCCUCCAGGGAGCUGGUGUAGUUUUUCUUCCCGGUGGGCGCCUUCGGCCGCUGGGAGGGGCGAUGUAGUGUGUGCACAAUGGGCUCCGGUCGUAUUGAGAAGGAUCUCUGACCGCCAGCGUCCUCGACAGGGGGUCCCCGGACUCCUGCUUCCUCCCGGAAGCCUCAGGCCCCUUCCGUAGCCUGGAGAUAAUCCCGAGCUCUCGCACUUCACAGCUCUGGAGAUGCUUUUUGUUCUCCCACAGUGAGGCGGAGCGGACAGAGCUACUGUUAGCUGGCCGGUGGAGGCCAGGGACGCAAUUUUGGGUCCUGUCAAGCAAGGCGCAAGCAGUGCAAAUUAGCAGUAGUGCUGGGGGUGGAAAUCCUUCAGCUCUGUGAAGUUCAAUCCUGUCACUUUUAGGCCCUCUAAGCGACAAGGCAUGGAGUCACUGGAAGAACGCUCUCCAGUCAAAUAAGUUGCGCAAUUAAAUAGACACAUCAUUUCAUCUUCUGCCUGCUCUUUUGAGCUUGUGCCUGCAUAGAGAUCAGUUAAAAAAAAAAUCAUUCAAACAGAUUUGUGUUGAAAACUCAGUGUGGGGUUGAAAACGCCUCAGUGAACACCUGCCUUCAUUAAUCCAUGAAUUUCAUGUAACCAGAUGAAUAUGAAGCAAUGGAGUUCCAGCCGACCCUGCAGUAUGGAACUUCUAUAGGGCUUUUCUUUUGCUUGUAACAGGUUGUAACUCUAAGGAUGUAACCACUUAAGAAUGAAGGUUAUCUGAAGAAGCUGUAUCAGUGUUUGAUGGGUUUAUAUUCAAGGGAUGGAUACUAAGGUCCCUCGGAUCAAGAAGAGUCAUGAGGCUUGACAGCAAGCGCCUUUACCUGCUAAGCUAUCUCCGCAGGACCGCUACAACCUGCCAUGCAGGAUAAAGGCCCAGUGUGGGAUGUGCGUGUUGAAAGAAGGCUAAGAUGGACAAGCUGAAAAAGGCUGGCCUUCAACACCCCUGGGAAGGAGCGUGGCUGUGGAGACUUCCUAUCUUCUGUUGAUCCCAGCGUGCUGCCCUUGGAGUCUGUGGGAGGUCAAGGUCUAUCUGACCCAUCUACUGUACUGUGUUCAGGAGCUCUAGUGCUGCAGUCGGGAUGGCAUCGGCUGCUGUUCCUCUGACCCAUGUUCAGUCUUCUCUGUACCCACUCUCUCCCAAGAAAGGACACACAGGGAAAGAAGGGCUGGCCAAUGAGUUCUUGACAAACUUGAUACAGGAGCUGGUGUCCUUCGAAGAUGUGACUGUGCAGUUCACAGAGGAGGAGUGGGCUUUGCUGGAUCCUUUACAAAGAACUCUGUACAGGAAGGUAAUGCUGGAAAACUGGAAGAACCUGGUUUCACUUGGGCAUCACCUUGAUAAACCAAAUCUGAUAUCCCAAUUGGAGCAAGAAGACAAGGCUAUAAUAGAGGAUAGAGGAAGUAUUCCUGGCAUUUGUUCAGAUUUGGAGACUGUGCUUAAAGCCAAAUGGCUAACUCCUAAGGAGCAUGUCUUUAGCAAAGAAGAUGCUAACGGUGGGAAAACAGUCAAAUUGGAGGAAAGAGAUCAUCAUGGAAUGAAAAUCAAUGAAUGCAAUCAGUGUUUUAAAGUCUUCAGCACGAAAUCUAACCUUACUCAGCACAAGAGAAUUCAUACUGGAGAAAAACCCUAUGACUGUAGUCAGUGUGGAAAAUCCUUCCGCAGUAAAUCCUAUCUUACUGUUCACAGAAGAAUCCAUAAUGGGGAAAAACCGUUUGAAUGCAAUCACUGCGGAAAAGCAUUUAGUGAUCCCUCAUCCCUCAGACUUCACGUAAGAAUUCACACUGGGGAAAAGCCCUAUGAGUGUAACCAGUGUUUUCAUGUCUUUCGUACCAGCUGUAACCUCAAAAGCCACAAGAGAAUUCACACAGGGGGUGAGAAUCACCAUGAAUGUACUCAGUGUGGAAAGGCCUUCAGUACAAGGUCCUCUCUCACUGGACAUAAUAGCAUUCAUACUGGAGAAAAGCCCUUUGAGUGCCAGGAUUGUGGGAAAACCUUCAGGAAGAGCUCAUAUCUAACCCAGCACUUAAGAACUCACACUGGAGAGAAGCCCUAUGAAUGUAGUGAGUGUGGGAAGUGCUUCAGCAGUAGCUUCUCUCUAACUGUACACAAGAGAAUACAUACCGGAGAAAAGCCAUAUGAAUGCAGUCACUGUGGGAAAGCUUUUAAUAAUCUCUCAGCUGUGAAGAAGCACUUGAUGACUCAUACUGGGCAAAAACCCUAUGGAUGUAGCCAUUGUGGAAAAUCUUUCACCAGUAACUCCUACCUCUCUGUGCACAAAAGAGUACAUAACAGGUGGAUAUGAAUUGUUGUGAUGAGAAAUGACUGAGAGAAAGCUUUGUUGAUCUAAGAUAACUUGAGAGAAUUUACAUCAGGUGUACAUGUUAUCUAUUGGUAUGUAAUAUAUUCUCACCCAAAUGUUGUAGCUUUAAAGAAAUACCUCACACUUUAUAUGUCAGGAAUAUGAGGACACCUUAGUUGUGUACUUCUUCCUCAGGACUUCUCAUGAGCUUACGUUGAGGACAUCAAACAGAGCUGCAUCUUCUAAAGUUGUCAUUGAAGGAGCUACUUCUAGGAUGGCUCACUCUCACAUGCCUAGGAAUUUACUGCUGGUUCACUGACUUACCAUGUAGGCCUCUCCGCAUGAUUACAUAUCUUUAUAAUAUGGCAAAAGGACAGUCCCUCCCCCAAGUGUUCCAAGAGAAGCCAAUUAAAAAAUGAAGUAUAACCUGGCCUCCAAAAGGUAUAUUUUUACUUCUUCCCUAUUGUAUUCAUCGAACACAGACCAGCCUUGAUACAGUGUGGGAGAAAACUACAGAAUAUUUGAGGGUCAGGACACAGCUCUCUGAGAACCAUCUGAGAAACUUGCCAUGAAAUUAAUGAAGUUUUCAGUAGACCUUAAUCCUUUUAAACAGUGUGAAAUGACAUUUGGUAAAUUGUUAAAUCUUUCUGCAAAGAUGCCUGUGUAAUAAAGCUUUUUAGUUCACUUAUCAUAAUGUGUCCCAAAGAUGAUGUGCUGGAAAAAACCUGGUAAGUAGAAUCAUGGUCAUGUGGUAAUGGUCUUCAGUGAUGUCAGUUAGUCCUUACGGUCUUUCUUGUGGGAAAUCACACCAUUGAAAAACAAAAGAAAUUCAGAAAACUGUACAGCAAAGUGUUCACAUUACUGACCACAGAUAAUGAGGUGCUCUGCUGUGACAGUGGGAAAUCUUCGACUCUUUUCCUUUCUUAAAGGGGUAUGAAAAUGACUUCUGAUGAGCCCCCUUGAGUAUCAUAGGCAUUGGCAAGCCUUUGAGGAUUCCUGUGAUGUAGGGAAAAAAUGGCAAUGAUUCUUCUAAGCACAUAAAUUAGAGGGACACCUUAGGAAAGUGAAGUAAUACAUGUCAGGAUGCUUCAGCAUCAACUGUCUGCUGAGUAACUAUAAUCAUUUAUACAGGAAAUGAAAUGAAUGAGUGUGGGGAUACUUCUACCAGUAGGUAGUAUCUGUCAGUUCAGUUACCAGCUUAUUAAUUUUCAAUCUUUGUUUUAUAAAUGUGUAUGUUUAUAUGUAUAACCCCACCCCCAAAAACAGCCCUUUACUUUUCCAAAAUUUCAGUGUAGUGUAUUUAUAGCUUGUCUUUGGAAGGGCUGGGUGUGGUGGCACACACUAGUAACCCUAGCACUCAGGAGGCGGACAAGGUAGAUUGUGAAUCUGAUGCAAGCUGGAACUGGCCGACAUAGUAUUUUUGUCAGAGUAUAGGACAUUUUUUUUUUUUGGACCUGAGUAUCGAACCCAGGG